AUGAAGAAUGUAAAGAUAAUACAUUUGCCACAGCUUUUUGUGUUUUUUCACGCCUGCUUUGCACAAGCAGACUUUGCCCCCCACUUCUAUGACAACGGACCCUACAGCCAGAAUGGGAACCUGGCACUGUUCAGCCUGUCAGAGGACACGCCUGUUGGUACACAGAUCUAUUGUCUUAACGGCACGGACCCUGAAGGACAGGAGGUGAGUUAUGGCCUCUCCUUUGAUCCAGGGUCCAAAGAGUACUUCAGGGUCGACCCCAAAUCUGGAAACAUCACAUUGGUGGAAAAGUUGGACAGAGAGAAACAAGAUUCUAUUGACGUUCUUGUCAGCAUCACAGAUGGGCAAAGCAAGGUCGUGGAAAGAGUCACAAUAUUUGUAAUGGAUGCAAACGAUGAAAAGCCUGACUUCCAAAACAUGCCUGCAAUCAUUGACAUAGUGGAAACCACUGCGUCUGGCAGCAGCAUCUACAAAGUGGAGGCAGUGGACAGAGACACAGGCUCAGGGGGCUCAGUCACCUACUAUCUUCAGAAUGGCCAGUCCACUUUGUUUGCCGUUGACAGACAUAGUGGAGUCCUUCGUAUCAAAUCUGGAGAAAUGUUGGACUAUGAGAAAACAAAGACACACUUUGUCACUGUCAUUGCAAAGGACGGUGGUGGUAAUUUUAAUGACAAGGAGCAGUUUCUGUCAUCCUCUGCUACCCUGACCAUCAAUGUGAUCGAUGCACAAGACACUCCGCCAUCUUUUAUCGGGACGCCCUAUUUUGGCUACGUUUAUGAAGUCUCAGUGCCAGGAUCUGAAAUAUUCACUGUUGUCGCCAAAGAUGGUGAUGUGGGAAAUCCAAAUCCAAUAUGUUAUACCUUUGAGGAUGGUGAUGAUGGUGUUUUUAGCAUCAAUAAAACAAGUGGUUGUAUCACCCUGGUGACUCUCCCCAUUUAUCUGAGGAGAGAGAUCUUUAACAUUAAAGUCAGGGCCUCAGAAGUGAGUCCUGAGGGCAGACUGAUGGACUACGGGGUGACCACGGUGGUGAUCCGCGUGGUGGACCUGAACAAUAACCCACCCACCUUCUACGGGGAGAACGGCCAACAGAACAUGUUUGAGUUGACCAUGUACGAACAUCCACCGGAGGGAGAGAUACUCCGGGGGCUGAAAAUCACUGUCAAUGACUCCGAUCAGGGUGCAAAUGCUAAAUUCAAUCUGAGACUGAUUGGACCAGGGAGGAUGCUGCGAGUCGUCCCUCAGACUGUACUGAAUGAGGCCCAAGUCACAAUCUUAGUAGAAGACUCUGCUGCCAUGGACUAUGAGAAACAUCAUUUUCUCACAUACAAGCUACUUGCAGUUGAGAUUGAUACCCCAGAGAGAUUCAGCGCCACAGCAGACAUCGUCAUUCACCUCCUGGACACCAAUGACAACGCUCCCAAAUUCGCCUCAGAUUACUACAUCGCCAGAAUUCCAGAAAACUCACCCGGUGGCUCCAAUGUGGUGUCAGUCACGGCAACAGACCCAGACUCAGGACCUUGGGGCGAUGUGAAGUACUCCAUCUACGGAUCAGGGGCUGACUUGUUCCUGAUCCAGUCUGAAUCUGGAAUCAUCUACACCCAGCCAUGGGCAAGCCUGGAUGCGGAGGUGAGAUCCAAGUAUAACUUUUAUGUGAAGGCAGAGGACGCAGAGGGGAAGUACAGCCUGGCUGAGGUCUUUGUGACGGUGCUGGACCUGAAUGACCACCCACCUGCUUUCAAUGACAACUUCCUCGAGAAGACCAUGGUGAUAGGAGCACCAGUGAAAAUAGAGGCUGUAGAUGAUGAUGCAGAGGUACCCAACAAUGUUAUCGAGUAUGCCAUCAUGAAAGCUGAGCCAGAUAUCAACAUCUUUGACAUUAACGCUGACACCGGGGAGAUCAUGCUCAAGUCCUACAUCAAGUCCAUGGCCAUCAUCCAGAACAUCACCAAGCAGAGAGACUUCACCUGGUCCCUGGUGGUGCAGGCCAGAGACCGAGGCCAGCCGUCCUUCAGCACCACCGCCGUUGUCAAGAUCGACAUCACUGAAGCUACCCAACUCAAUGGGGGGCCUUUGGGAUCAUUUUUAAUGCAGAGUAGAAACAAGCCUUUGCAAAUCCUAGGCAUGCUUGCAGGUGUCAUUAGUCUCAUGGUCAUAGUCACAGUCAUCAUCUCCACUGCAACAUUCAUGCGCAACAAAAAGUCCAACCGGAUCCUGCCUAACCGCCGUGUAAGGAGGCGACCAAGGAAACAACCCACAUGGAACUUCAAGAACCCCUUCAAGACGCCGGAAGCUCCCGCAGAGAAAUUCAGAGUCGAAGAGGAAGAGCGAGAGCCCGAGGUCAUCGUGGAGAAUGUCAACUACAACAACAAUAUCAGCAAUGUUGUUAGACACUGGCCCCCACCUCCACCACCCAGCGCCCCAUGCCUGCCCCCUCCACCACCCCCCUAUAUCCCGGGGGAGAGGCAUCGGGCCAUACCCACCAUCUCAGCAACAGUGGCAGCCAAACCUAAAAAGAAGCAAGUGAUGACCAGACAGGACACUGUGAACAAAGCGCUUGUCUCAGAGCUCAAGAUGAGGCUGGAGCAGAAAAGGAUCCUGAUACAUUAG